AUGGCAUGCCCAUUUUUGGACAACCCCAUAGAGCUAGGAGCGCAAAUUGUACGAGGAUCACUGAGGAGAGCAAGGGUCUUCAUAGACCGGCAAAACCCUCUGUCCUCCCGCAGGAGUCGUGCGCUGACCGUUCAGCAGACAGUCUUCAUUGCAUUACGUUUUUUUGCCACAGGCACAUUCAUGUAUGCAGUCGGAGAUGCCGAGAAUUUAAGUAAGAACACUGUGUGUUCGGUAAUUCACAAGGUUGCAGGUACACUUGUUGAUACGUUGGAUAUGUUUGUCGUGUUCCCGGGACACUGGCUGACGCAGGCUUUAAAAGAAGGCUUCUACAAGAUCGCAGGAUUCCCAAGAGUGAUUGGAGAGAUUGAUUGCACACACAUCCCUAUUAAUGGCCCUUUGGGUGAGAAUGAGGCAGACUACGUCAACCGUAAAUCAUUUCACAGCCUCAACGUUCAGAUGACUUGUGACCAUAACUACCUUGUCACAAAUGUUGAGGCAAAGUGGCCCGGGUCAGUUCAUGACUCCCGGAUCUUUAGGGAAUCAAGGCUGUGCGACAGACUUGAGCAAGGGCUGUUCAGUGGGGUUCUGCUGGGAGACAGGGGCUAUGCCUGCCAAGCAUCACUAAUGACCCCUUACCCUGACCCUGAAGCAGGACCACAAACGGCAUUCAACGCGGCCCUGGCAAAGACCCGCUCCAGAAUCGAGAAUACAUUUGGGAUUCUCAAAUCUAGAUUCACCUGCUUGCGGGGGUUGAGAGUAGCCCCUGAGAGGGCCUGCAAAAUAAUAGUGUCAUGUGUGAUUCUUCACAACAUUGCCACAAUUCGAAAGGAAAGGGCCCCUAUUGUGAACCCCCACCCCCCUGAUGUUGUGGACCCAGUAACCUUGGACUUCCCCACUGGAAGGGCAGUAAGAGCAGCAAUAACCGAACAAUUCUCCACUUGAACAAAAGGACUUUUUCUUUUUCUUUCAUUUAUGCAUCUUUAUUUUUUUCUCUCAUUUUCCACUCUCCCU